UUCGCUCCCCGAGCCCGCCGGGGCCUCUCGCUGACGUGGCGCGCGUUGCCCCGGCAGCCAGCCGCGCGCGCGCCUCCACCCGCGCCGCGGCGGCUGCUCUGAUUGGCGGCGGCGCCGCGAGGGGCGGAGGCGGUCCCGUCCAUCCCCGGUGCCCAUUGGGCGGACGCGCCAUCACGUGGUGCGGGCGCGCGGCGAUUGGCCUGCGGGGGCUAUAAAGGGCGGCCGUAGACCCGCGGCGGCGGGCGGGAUGGAGGUGGUCGGCGCUGAGGAGGAUGCGGCGAUGGCGGCACUGCGGGAGCGGCUGGCGGCGGGAGGGCAGGACCACGUGCUGCGCUUCUGGCCCGAGCUUGACGGCGCGGCCCGCCGGGCGCUGGCGGCCGAGCUGUGCCACAUGGACGUGGCCGAGAUCAACCGCUUCUUUCGCCGCGCCCGCGGGGACGGCGGCGGAGCGGUGGCAGUGGCAGGGCUGGAUGCGCGCAUGGAGCCCGUGCCGCGGGACGUGCUGGGCAGCGCCUCCCGCGACCGCGGGCUGGUGCCGCGCUGGGAGAGCCGCGGGCUGGCGGAGAUCGCCGGGAACCGCGUGGCUGCGCUGCUGCUGGCCGGCGGGCAGGGCACCCGCCUCGGCGUCCCCUACCCCAAGGGCAUGUGCGACGUGGGGCUGCCCUCCCGCAAGACCCUCUUCCACCUGCAGGCCCAGCGCCUGCGAAGGCUACAGCAGAUGGCGGAGGAGCAGCACGGUACUGCAUGCCACAUCCCCUGGUACAUCAUGACAAGUGGCCGCACUAUGGAGUCCACCAAGGAGUUCUUCCAGAAACAUCGGUAUUUUGGCUUGAAGAAGGAGAAUGUCAUCUUCUUCCAGCAGGGCAUGCUGCCUGCCCUGGGAUUCGAUGGAAAAAUCCUGCUGGAGGAGAAGGGCAAGAUUGCUAUGGCACCAGAUGGCAACGGGGGCCUGUACCGGGCCCUGGGCUCACACGGCAUCGUGGACGACAUGGAGCAGAGGGGAGUGCAGAGCGUCCAUGUCUACUGUGUAGACAACAUCCUGGUGAAGGUGGCUGACCCCAGGUUUAUCGGGUUCUGCUUGGAGAAGGGAGCAGACUGUGGGGCCAAGGUGGUGGAGAAGACCAACCCCACGGAGCCGGUGGGCGUGGUGUGCCGGGUGGAUGGAGUGUACCAGGUGGUGGAGUACAGCGAGAUCUCCCUGGCCACUGCCCAGAGGCGGGGCUCGGAUGGGCGGCUGCUCUUCAAUGCGGGCAACAUCGCCAAUCACUAUUUCACCACUGCCUUCCUGAAAGACGUGGUCAACACAUACGAGCCACAACUGCAGCACCAUGUGGCUGAGAAGAAGAUCCCACACGUGGACAUCACUACAGGGCAGCUAAUCCAACCCGAGAAGCCCAACGGGAUUAAGAUGGAGAAGUUUGUCUUUGACAUCUUUCAGUUUUCCAAGAAGUUCGUGGUAUAUGAGGUGCUGCGUGAGGAUGAGUUCUCUCCCCUGAAGAACGCAGACAGCCAGAACGGGAAGGACAACCCCACCACAGCCCGACAUGCCCUGAUGUCCCUGCACCACUGCUGGGUUCUCAAUGCAGGGGGGCACUUCGUGGAUGAAAAUGGCACACGCAUCCCUGCCAUCCCUCGGAGCGUCACAAACGGGAGGUCAGCUGCCAGCCCAGCAGAUGUCAAUGACAACUUGAAGGAUGCAAACGACCUGCCAAUCCAGUGUGAAAUUUCUCCCCUUGUGUCCUAUGGAGGAGAAGGUCUGGAGAAGUACGUGAAGGACCGGGAGUUCCGCACGCCUCUCAUCAUCGAUGAGGAUGGGAUCCACGAGCUGCUGAAGAAUGGGAUGUAGUGGCAGCCAGGUGCCAGGCAGGGCUGCCCAUCCCUCCAGGAACUCUGGCACACAAAGGUUGAUGGCUGGGCCUAGCAGGGGCUGCUCCUGCUCACUCCAGCUCUGCGCAGAGCAGGAUUUGACCCACUCAGUUCUUGGCAUGCUAUAUGCUUCUAUUUAUAUUUUAAUUUAAAAACCAAACACUACAGAUUCUCCUGCCACAAGGCACAGCUGUGGUGCUGCUCUUUGCAACCCAGGCUGUGGGCAUUUAUUUUUAAAUAUGUAUAUAGUAAUAGUCAUUGUACAUGCAGAGAGAGGAUUUUUAUGGUACGGGGCUGGGUUUAAUUGUGAAUUUUGAUUUUUCUUAAAUCUACAUGACUGGUUUUUUUUAAUAGGGUCCUUGCCAUUGCCUGUGUCCUCCCUUUUGGUCAUCCUUUGUGUAUUGCACAACUGGAAGUACCCAAUUAAACUGAGUCCCUCCUGUUUGUCA